GCUCUGACCGCAGCCGCCCGCGGUAGGCGCCGAGCCGCAGCCCCUUGCUCUGUCAGGGUGCUGGGAGGGCUCUGCUGAGGUGUUUUGGGGUCUCUGCUGAGGUGUUUUGGGGUCUCUGCCUCUGGAUCCUGCCUGCGGUGGGUGCUGGGGUGGUGGCUCUGGUGUCGCGAACUGGGGGCAGCCGCAGCCCGUCGAGAGGAGAACCCGCUCCGGGGGGUGUUUGGGGUGGGUUUGGGGCGGUUUUGGGACGUGGUGCUGUUGGGUUUCGCAGAGCCGGAGCCUUUUACCUCAGCAGGGAUUUCUGCUGCUGCCUCUGGAGACGAGGGUGGUGCUGCUGCGGGUCUGCUGGGGGGAGGUGGGCAUCUCCUGCUGCCCUGGUUAAAGCUCUGGUGGGAUCCGAAAGCUAAAACUUCAGAUAAUUUUCAUUGCUAUUGUACUUUUCAUUUGCUCUGAACUCCUUAUUUAUGCUGCUUGCAUAUGCUAAACGACAACAGAAAUUCGUGCCCGGGAGGGCUGACCCCAAAUCACGGUGUGUUGUCAGAACCCCACAGGAAUGGAAAACCCCAUAAGAGCAGGCCAGGAGGUUUGAGACUGCUCGCUGACAAAUCCGCUGCUACGUGGGGCUCUGAUCCCGCUGCGUUUGCUCGUCUCGUCCCGCUGUUCCUGUGAGACUGGAUCAGCUCUUCAAAACAAGAUGUACUGGCAAAUCAUUCUGACCACGGCUGUGCUGUUGGACUUCAUUCACGCGGCAGUUGCCCAUUGUAUGGUCCAUCAGAUUCUUCCCAGGAACUUUACGUUACCCUGUAUGUUGCUGAAUGAGACAGUUUUGAGUCCUUUCUCUGCUGGAGUUGUAGAGAGCUGGUCUGGUUUGAUGAGAGAGCAUGGAGCUGCUGAAACCAACCCUCACUUGCUAAUGAAUGAAGAAAGUUUUCUGUGUUGCCUUUGGAGUGAUAACAACAUUGAUUGUUCUUUGUACAGAGCAAGCAUGCAGCCAAGGAUGUUUAUUCCUUCAGAAAUCAGCAUCUCUGCUUCUCAGGAAAGAGAUUCAAAUUGGAACAUUGAAUGUUGGAUUAAAGGCAAGCUGGAUCUGUUAGUUUGUAGCCUCCGGUUUUUGAAGCUACACUUGAGACCUGAUUUGAAGGUUAAUCUUUUAUACGCUGUAUCGGAUCUGCCACUGGGAGAUGUAUCUACAAGCUCUCUGAAGGGGGCUGCCGUGGCUGCUCAGUGUGGCUGCAGUGAGUACGGCAAGUGUGAAUGCUGUGUGCCUUCUCCGAGACUCAACUACACUUACAUCAUGUGGCUGAAGAUUGUGACUGGGGUAACACCUCUUUGGUCGCCUUUGAUGGCAGUCAAGCCCAUAGAUAUCAUAAAGCCUGAACCUCCUCUGAACCUGCACCUAGAAAUGACAGAGAAAGGUGAAGUGAGGAUCUGCUGGUCUGACCCCGUGCUGAUGCCAUAUCCCCUCCAGUACGAAGUGAACAUCUCUGGAAACGCAGGUCCAAAUGGCUGGCAGGUGGUUCGAGUUGCUUUAAACACCUCAUUGGCCAUUGACAAUUUGCUGCUUGAUUCCUCCAAUUUCGCUCAAGUGCGGUGCAAGAAUCAUUAUGGUCCAGGGUUCUGGAGUGACUGGAGCACGCCAUAUAAUCUGAAACUGGGAGCUGAAGUCUUGUACUUCCCUUCUAAGAUACUGACCAGUGUUGGUUCUAAUGUUUCAUUUCAUUGCAUCUAUAAAAACCAAACCAAGAACGUAUUGUCAAGGAAGAUUGUUUGGUGGCUGAACUUAGCAGAAGAAAUCCCAGAAAGUCAGUAUACGCUUGUGAAUGAUCGCGUAAGCAAAGUUACUCUUUUCAACUUGAAAGCAACAAAACCUAGAGGAAAUUUCUUCUAUAACGCAUUGUACUGUUGUCAUCAAAAUAGGGAAUGUCAUCAUAGAUACGCUGAAUUAUAUGUAGUAGAUGUGAAUAUCAAUAUCAAAUGUGAAACUGAUGGGUACUUAACUAAAAUGACUUGCAGAUGGUCCACAAACCCAAACACUUUGCUCGUGGGGAGUUCCUUGCAGUUAAGAUACUACAGGAGCAAAAUUUAUUGUCCUAACUUUCCAAGUAUCCCUCCAGAAUCAGAGGUGAAAGAAUGCCAUUUACAGAGGAAUCAUUCUUAUGAGUGCAUAUUUCAGCCUAUUUUUCUUUUAUCUGGAUAUACCCUGUGGAUAGAGUUUAAGCACUCGCUAGGAACACUUGAGUCCUCACCAACUUGUGUCGUUCCAGCAGAUGUGGUGAAGCCACUUCCUCCCUCUGACAUUAAAGCAGAAAUCACCAGAAAUGAUGGGCUGCUGAAUGUGAGCUGGACAAACCCUGUGUUUACCAAUGAUGAUCUAAAAUUUCAGAUUCAAUAUGCUGAGAAGAGGGAAGAACUAACAUGGGAGCUGUAUGAAGUUUCAAAUUUGCCAACGAGAUCUGCUAUGAUAAAGGUUCAGAAACUCUGUGUUGAGUAUGUUGUUCAGGUCCGCUGCAGAGCACUGGAUGGUUUAGGUUACUGGAGCAACUGGAGCAAAUCAGCUUAUGCAGUUGUGAGAGAUAUCAAAGCUCCCUUACAAGGCCCUGAGUUUUGGAGAGUUAUUGUUGAAGAUCCAGCAAGGAGGCAGAAAAAUGUUACCCUUCUGUGGAAGCCACUGAUGAAGAAUCACUCACUGUGCAGUGUGAGCCGAUACAUUAUAAAGCAUCAGACGUCAGAAAACACCACGUGGUCAGAAUAUGUCGAUAAAGGCACUACCUGGUUAUUUCCAUGGACUGAACGCACACAUACCAUUACUGUUUUAGCCAUGAAUUCAAUUGGAGUUUCUUCAAGGAAUUUUAAUUUAACUCUAUCACAGCAAUUGAGCACAGUGAAUGCAGUGCAGUCACUCAUCGCUUACCCAGUGAACAGCACCUGUGUGAUUUUGACUUGGACGCUUUCACCUCACACGUACGUGAUAACAUCUUUUGUUAUUGAAUGGAAAAACCUUAACAAAGAAGAGGAGAUGAAAUGGGUGCGAGUUCCUCCGAAUACUAGCAAGUAUUAUAUUUAUGAUCACUUUAUUCUAAUUGAGAAGUACCACUUCAGCCUGUACCCCGUGUUUGCUGGAGGAGUUGGCAAAUCCAGAGCGACAGAUCGAUUUACCAAAGUUCCAGAUGGAUAUGAAAAUCAGAAUAAUGCUAGCCUCUAUAUGGUUCUGCCAAUAGUUGUUUCAACCUUGGUUUUGUUGCUUGGAGCAUUGCUGAUUUCACACCAAAGAAUGAAGAAACUGUUUUGGGAAGAUGUUCCAAACCCCAAGAAUUGCUCCUGGGCACAAGGAGUUAAUUUUCAGAAGCCUGAAACUUUUGAGCACCUUUUUAUCAAGCACCCCGAAGCAAUGUCAUUUGAGCCUCUUCUUCUGGAGCCAGAAAUAGUGCUGGAAGACAUCAGUGUUACCAAAGUGUUGAAACAAGAGGAUACACAAGAUUUUUUAGUCAUUAAUUCCAUGUUUACAAAAAUUCAAGACUCUGAGCACGACUCUGCUUGUUCUAGCAGCCAUUUCACUAGCAGCAGCUUCUCUGAGAGCUUUCACAAUGACCAAAUCGCUGGAGAAAUCACAAGGCAGUCCGACAUAAAAUACGCUACUAUUAUCAGCAACUCCAGAUCCGGUGGGCUUUAUGAAGAGAAGAAGAAUCUCAGAAGUUGCUUUGAGAGGUGCUUCUUAGCCGAAGAUUCCUCAGUUGCAGGUGCUUUCUCAAGCAGCUCUUGGGAGGUGGGAAACCAGGCUUUCCUCCUGCUGCCUGAUCAGCCUGGCAGUCGGCCCAGCAAGACUCUUUCCCUUUCCCUGAUUUCUUCAGAGGGGUUUUCAGAGCCUUCAGAUCAGGAUGACACCUUCCCAGAUGGAGGCAGUCCUGAGCGAAGCCUCUGUUACCUGGGGAUAGCAUCACUUGAAAAAAGAGAGAGUGACAUUUUUUUAACGGAGAGUUCCGGAGUGAUGUGUCAGAUCCACACAGCUGAUCUGCUCAGAGACGUGGGGUUCCUUCGGAACACGCCUCCUAGCUUAAACACAUUUAUCCAAAGUAGCUUUAACUACAAAGCCAUUGUGCCCUACAUGCCUCAGUUCCAGAUGCCUGCCGCCAAGGUGCAAGACGCCACAGAGAACAGCUCUUAAGUCAUCACGCCAUAACUCGGUACUCGUCGUGGCUUUUUAGGUGUUGAUAUGUUCUCCCGUUUUUCCCUCUCCUGACUUAUUUCAGGAGCUCUCCUGGUUGGAAGUUGUGUGACUAAUCCUGCAUUUGAGUCCCAGGAUUUCAGCAGGAAGAAAAUUCUGUUUCUUGACUUAAGUUUCACACGAGGGGCCUUCCUUUAUAUAUUUGAUAUAUAAAUAUAUGUAAUUAGCCACUGGUGCCAAAUAGUUUCCUCCUGUUAGGUGCACAUCCGAGCACCCCGGUGCAGAGCUGCCCUUGCAAUUGGGCUUUGUGCCACGGGAUUUCAGGUGAGGACUGGCUGUGACCCAAACACAGUUCUCAGCCCCCAGGCUCCGUGCUGUGGGCUGUGGGCAGCUUUGGCAGCCCUCGGGAGCUGUACCUGGAGCUGCUCCCGUGGCUCCUGUGCGGGCAGCGCACAGCAGCCCUGGCCGGGUGGCCUCAGCGUGUGGCAGGAGCCUUCCUCCAGCUGGGAGAGGCAGAGGAGGUGGGGGUGGAGAUCCCCAAACACUGUUCAGUGGUUGGGAAUUGCCAUUGUUCGUGCCCCGAAUAAACACAGCUCUGGUUCAUCAAAAAAAAAAAAGAAAUUUAACAUGUUGGCCAACAGCACUGAAAGAGCUUGCUCUAGGUUUUUUUGGGGAGUCCAAGGGCGAGACAAAGGAGUGGCCUAAAGCAUAGCAUUAAAGGGCAUAUUGAAACAGAAGGUGCCCACAUUUUGUCUGGGGGGAGAAACUCGGAUGUGUACAAACUCGGGUGCUGUACAAAUACCAGUGGCUUUGUUUGUUUUUCUCCAAAAUCCCGAUGUUUUGAUUGCUUUGCUGGCACCUGCAUUUAAUUGAGCCUGUGAGUACGCAGAUGGUCCACAAGAAAAAGCAGUGGGAAUCCUGCCCUUCAGUGGCUGAAAGGGAGGCCGUGACCAGCGGAGGCAAACUUGGGGCUGUUUUUACGUUGUCUCUUUUUCAGUAAGAUGAAAAUGUUCAGCAGCAGCAUCAAAGAGCUGUAAGAAGAGCUGUGAGGGCAGAGGCUGAGGGCUGAGCAGUGCCUCAGCACAUCAAAGAUACCCUGAAGGAGUGACUGUUCAGCAAGGAAGGGCUUUUGGUGCUGCAAGAAGAGGAGCAGAGUCAAAAUUCUUGGUGCUGCACAACCACAGGGUGUUACCUGGCUAACCCGUGUGCUUGGAAGUAAAGCACCCAUGUUUUUGCUGACCAUGAGGUUCUAGUACAAACGAUAUUGUGGUAAAACUAACAUCUCUUCCAAACUUAUUCUGUAAGAACCACAGUAAAAAAGGCAGUAAUUUGAUCCAAGAAUCCUGUUUUUUUGAUCUGCAGUGAGCUAGCCUGGCUACACGGACAUGAAGUCAGUUCAGGAGCCGUGCUCCACUCAGCUUUGGCUAGGAGGAAAAUCAGAUCUUGCAUCCCAGCUGUGUUUGUAGGUAAACAAAACCACACACUUGGAAGCCAAAUAUAUUUUUUCUAUCUCAUAGCUAAUAAAUAUUUUUGUAUACGUACUUUUUCAAAGAGCUAUUUUGAAAAGCUAAGAAAGAUGAAAACACUGUGUAUUCCAGAGCUAAAUUGCUGUAAAACUUACUUGGGGAAUUAAAAACAAAAGGGCAAAAUUCAGCAACAGUAGUAAACAGUAGAAGUGUGGAGAUCUUUUAAUGUAUUAGUGAUAAGAAAUCCGAUGGGGCAAAAGGGACCAAAGCAAGUUAUAUAGUUACACUUUAAAUUUAAGAUAAGGUUUAAAAACAACAACAAAAAACCCACAACUUGUUCUCAAACAAGCUGCUAGCCUGGUUCUCGCUGGGUGUCUGUUUCUGAAUGCUGAUAUGACACAGGCCUGAUGUGAUUGUUCAGAAAAAGGGGGUGUGCGGGGAGGUGGCUGACCAAAACUUGUCACUCGGAAGAGCACCUGGAGCUGCAGGGAUGAGCCCAGAGUCUUGAAAGGGCUCCUGUGGGGCUGGGCAGCCUUGUCGCAGGUCCCGUACCUGCUGCUGCUCUGCUGGAGUGAGCCGUGCUUCUGCAGCCAGCAGCAGGAGAAUGCUAAACCAGAGCUCCUCUGAAUUAAAACCCACUUCGACCGCUGUGUGGAUGUGAUACAGCACAGCCUGCGGGGCCCGGGAGCUGCCCACCAAAGCCAACAUCCCCCGGGCACACGAAGCUGCAGCCAGGCACCUCCACAGGGACCCCUCAUGCGCUCCUUCAGAAUCGUCCAUCAACCUCCUGCAGCUCCAUAAACUGGGAUAAUAAACACAUGGUACAUCACGGAGCGUGGGUUCCUUCAGUUAUUGUGUCCUGCAAAGUUGUCUGGUUGCAUCUGAAGAUCUUUCUUGGGAAAUGAAAAACCAACACUGAUUUUAUCACUGAGUGCUCAGGGUGAGUCCUCAUCCAGUAACUGCUGGGACAGGAGCACCCGUAGGCAUGGGAGUGAUCCAAAGAGCGAGUCCAGGAGGGUUUUCCUGGGCUGCAGUACAUGGGAAAAGGCAGGAGUUAAAUCCUGCCCCCUCCAUGCAGGGCUCUGAUGUGGCUCAGAGCUAUCAAACAGGGAUUUGAUCGCGCUCUUCACCUUUCUUCACUUCUGUAUGAGGCCCAAGCCUGCGUGCCCUGCAUCCCCCAGCUCUGCCCGUGGGCAGCUACAGCUACAGCUGCCUUUUCUCAGCGUGAUUUUUCCCCCUGUUUUAGGUCAAUUUACUCAUUACCAAAGCUGAGUGCCUUCUGUGCCACAUCAGGUAACGUUUUAUUCCAUGUUUACAGCAGUCUACUUUUUCCACAGGGCAGCCAUGCCCUUGCUUUAUGCAGGAGCAAAUCUCGUUUGCUUAUUCCUGGGGGUGACAGAGAUGGGCAGGUGUCAGAGCACGGCUGUUUCCUAAUUUCAGAGGGCUGUUCCCAUGGCAGACAGCCCUCCUGCUUUCCCUCAGCGGCUUUGAGCCAGGCCCCUGGUCUGCGAACUGGGGCUGGAUCUUGGCUGUUGCCUCCCUGCAGCACGGCGAGGGAAGGGAGAUGCCACAGAAACGCGUUUCGGACAUCCCGGGCGCACGGCACCACCACGCACCCAGGCCUUGGCUGCACAUUUCUGCUCUAGUAGUGAACUCGUUAAUGCUUUCCUACAAACACACCUAUGCCUCGGCUACAAAUAACUCCGUGUUAUCCCCCUCUUCUACCAGUGCAAGUAAAUCGGUCAUUUUGCAGACAUUUUUCUUUUACAUGUUUUGCCAUGGCUCUGUGGCAAGGAAAGGCCUUUUCGGUUUAAACAGGAAAAGCAAAUAGGAGGAUCCAUGUGCAGCUUCAGACGUACACAUUAAGCCCUAAUAUUAACCUCCUGCAAAUUAAUUUUGAAGAGCAUUCAAGAGUCUAGCUCAUUUAUCUAAGAAAAUUAAUGUUUUGCUAUUUCUUUUACAGGUCAUUUGCAGCCAAAGUUAACUGCCCGUUUUUUUUUUUUAGCACGAUUGAUGUGUGAAGCAGCAAGAAAUUGUUUUCCCCAUUUUGUACAUUUGUUAGUCCGUCUUUGAGUCAUUGACCUGUCUAAUCAGCCUUGGAUUUGAAAGUCUGCAGUGAAAUGGGUUCUGCGUUUUGCUUUUCCUCUUGCAUAAACUGGGAACUAAUUUCUUUUCCAAAUGUGGCGUUCACUUCUGGAACAUUUGCAGUAAUCAUUUCCCACUGGUGAGAAUAUCACUCGAAACACCACCUUCCAACAGCGUCAGAAGAAUUUUGUAAUUAUUUUUGUGAAUAAAAUGUUGUAGAUGUUAACGUU